AUGCGCUUGGAUGUUGGUAUCGCACGGGACUCAGCUGCAUUGACCUUGAUGAGCGUGGAUGUAGAGCGCAUUAGCUCUGGCCUGCAGUAUGUUCAUGAAGUCUGGGCUAGCCCCAUUGACAUCGGGCUCGCCCUGUGGUUGCUAGAGAGGCAACUGGGUCUAGCCGUCGUCGCAUUUGCCUCCAUAUUUAUAUUGUGUACUCUCCUUGGACUUGGGGUGGCGACCACCAUGGGGGAACGGCAGCAGCGUUGGCUACAGGCCAUCCAGAACAGAGUGCAGUCUACCUCGGAAAUGCUGAAGAACAUGAAAGAGAUAAGACUGGGUGGCUUGCAGGAGUUGAUGGCCGAAAAGCUCCGGGUUCUGCGGGCUAAGGAGGUGUCCCAGUCAACCCCAUUCAAGCGAGCUUUGACUCUGAUUGUCACUUUUUGUGAGUCCCACCACACCGACCGUGUGGAUUCUACCCCGCGCAGAUUGCUGAUUGGUUGGGUAGCCUAUACCACAACGUCGUCUGGCCCACUCCUAGCCUUCACAAUGUACAGCCUGUUGGCGAAACGAAAUGGCUCUACCAUGCUAAACUACGACAAGGCCUACACUGCCUUAUCCCUCUUUGCACUCUUGCAGUCACCCAUGGCCCUCAUUCUAGAUGCAAUCGCAGGGCUGGCCAGCGCUUUAGGUGCCGUGGAUCGCGUUGGUGAUUAUUUAUCGAAGCCCACCGCGACGUCCGGUGACGGUAGCCGAUUGUGCAGUCCACUUGCCCUCCCAUGUGCAUUUAAAGAUGAAAAAGCGGAACCUGAAAUGGUUAAAGCUCAGGGAUACAGUGCUGGCUGGGACCCUGAAAGACCUAUGGUCCUGAAGGAUCUGAAUUUCGAGAUUCGGCCGUCUAGUAUCAACUUCGUGGUUGGCCCAGUGGCCUGUGGUAAGACCACACUGUUACUGGCCAUUCUGGGGGAAGUGAGUUAUUACAAUGGCCGGCUGGAAGUGGUCGUUCCUCGCGUAGGCUACUGCAGUCAGACACCGUGGAUCACAAAUGCCACCAUUAGACACAAUAUUCUAGGUACCAGUGUAUAUAACCAGCCGUGGUAUGACAAAGUGGUGGGAAUGUGUCUGCUCCAAGAUGACAUUGACGGAUUUCCUCGCGGGGAUCAAGAAUGGGUCGGGAACAGCGGUAUGACUCUGAGUGGUGGUCAAAAGUCUCGAUUGGCAAUUGCACGUGCAGUCUACGCCAGGGAAAAGCUUCUUCUUCUCGACGACGUCUUCAGUGGGCUUGACGGAAAGACGGAGGAGCACCUUUUGGAUAACCUGUUCGGGCCAGGUGGGCUUCUGAGGGAGACAGAGACCACCGUCAUAAUAGCGACCCAUGCCGUUCAACGUCUCGCUUAUGCGGAUCAGAUCAUCAUUUUGGACUCAGAGGGUCACAUUGCAGACGAAGGUGCUUCCAGCAAGGUCAUCGCAAUUGCCAAAGAAAUGGUGUAUAGCGCCUCGAAGAAGGAUCAAAGUGCCGGGCCAUCUCUUGAUUCCGGGCCGGAUAUCUCCAGAAUGCAGUCGGUAGAGGAAGGGCCGACAGGGCAAGCUCGACGGACCGGUGACACAGCUGUCUACAAAUACUACAUCCAGACUGUUCAUCCUUUCAGUGCAUCGAUCUUUUUCGCUGCCUGCACUCUCUUCGUUCUGGGACUUACCCUACCCCAAUUUAUGGUUAAAUGGUGGUUGGAGCGGGGUGACCAGUAUACCGUCACCCACAUGGGAACGUAUCUCGGUACAUGCGGUGGUCUAUCCGCAAUGGCCAUUCUAUCGCUCCCUGUCGCAGUCUGGCAUCUCACUGAACGGAUGCUGCCACGGGCCUCAAUACAACUGCAUGCCUCUCUUCUGACGACCGUCCUUCAAGCACCGUUGCAAUUCUUCUCGACUACUGACGUCGGCACAACUCUGAAUCGCUUCGCACAGGAUCUACAGUUGUCAGAUAUGGAACUACCGCUAGCACUUUUCAACACUACGGUGGAAUUACUGCUCUGUGUAGCCAACCUGAUUAUCAUUGCAAUCACCUCCAAAUGGAUCGGUAUUGCUCUGCCAGCACUGCUAGCGGUCUUCUACACGAUUCAGAAGUUCUACUUGCGUACUGCCCGCCAACUUCGACUGCUCGAUAUUGAAGCAAAAGCGCCACUGUUUUCCACAUUUCUCGAGCUAAUUUCCGGUCUGACGACUAUCCGGGCAUUUGGAUGGCAAGCAGACUUUGGCCACCGCAAUCGCGAGGUUUUUGAUCGCUCUCAAAAACCAUUCUAUCUGCUCUACUGUGUGCAGCGCUGGUUAAAUCUUGUGCUGGAUCUGGUGGUGGCAGCAGUGGCCAUCAUGGUUGUGACCAUAGGCGUGUGCACCAAGGGACAGGUUGACGCCGGGUUCAUGGGCAUCGCGUUGGUGAACAUUGUGCAGUUAAGUAUCAGUAUCAAGGCCUUCCUCUCCAACUGGACCAAUCUGGAGAUCUCCAUCGGUGCGGUAUCUCGUAUUCGGGCAUUUACUCUAGAUGUCCCGUUGCCGAGUACCGAUGGAACGGAGAGUACUCUUCCUAUAGGAUGGCCUGAGAAAGGUCGGAUACAGUUCCAAAAUGUGACAGCGCAAUAUGAAGGCUCCCCUCAUCCGGUGAUUCGAAAUCUCACCUUGUCCAUUGCGCCAGGGGAGAAGAUCGCCCUUUGUGGGGCUACAGGAAGCGGUAAAUCAUCCCUCGCUACCAGCCUGUUCCGUCUCCUCAUCCCGUCCAAGGGGACAAUUACUAUAGACGAUGUCGAUAUCUCAACUGUGACUCGCGAGACGCUAUAUAGGCGGCUAAUCUGCGUCACACAGUCCCCCCAUCUCAUUGCGGGCUCGAUUCGCGAGAAUGUCGACCCCCUCGGCGCAACAUCCGAUGACAAGGCGAUCGAACUAGCGCUCAAGGAGGUACAUCUUUGGGACACGGUGGCCUCGCGAGGCGGAAUUCACGCCCAACUCUCGGAGGGCAUAUUCAGCGUUGGGCAGCAACAAUUGCUGUGUCUGGCUCGGGCCAUGAUCCGUCCUGGCUCGGUGGUAGUUUUGGACGAGGUCACAGCCAGUGUGGAUCAGGAGACGGACCAAGCGAUGCAAAAGAUUAUUCGUCGCCACUUUGCCUCCCGCACUGUUCUGACAAUUGCCCAUCGCAUCUCUACCAUUCUGGAUUCUGACCGCGUUGCCGUGGUAUCAGACGGAGCCAUUGUCGAAUUGGGCCCUCCGGGCGAACUCCUAGCUCGGAAUCCUCCCAGUCGGUUCCGAGGUCUCUACGACGCGACAACCGUCUCUAACCAAUCUUCUGAAACUCUACGGGAGGUUUAA